CUGGGCUAUAUAGCCUACAAACAAGUUGGGUACGGGCUUUCAAAUAUAAUAAACUGGAUUGGGCUGAAACAAAGGUAAUAACAAGAGACACAAAGUCAGGUCCAUCUCCGGCGAUUUAUACGGCGCUGACGAACGGCGGCGAUCUCCGUAACUUCAGAUACAAUGAAGCAUAUUGUGAAAAUUAUGUCAUUGUUGGUAGUGAUGUUAGCCGUCUGGGUGGGAUUAUUGCAGGCGUCGAUUGUUCCACAUAGUUAUACUUGGUUGCUACCAAUAUACUCUAUAGUGUCACUGGGAUGCUAUGGUCUGUUAAUGGUUGGAGUCGGUCUAAUGCAGUUUCCAACUUGUCCGCAAGAGUCCGUCUUGUUACAGAAGGACAUAGCUGAGGCGAAGGAAUUCCUGAAGAAACAAGGGGUAGAUGUGAGUUCUGACUGACUAGGAUUACUAUCAUUCGUUCUGGAAGCAACAAAGUUCACAACUCAAUUACAAAUUAUGGUGAUUUCGACUUCUGAUUGCAUUGUUUUCUCCCACUGCCAGAAUUCACAUAUUAAUUAAGGAAUGUUGAUUGACAAUUGACAUGUAUCAAAUUGAUUUGCAUUGUUUCACUAGUUGCUUUUUUCUUGCCUUGUUUGUGAAACAAUUGUAUGCAAAGAAGCAGAAUUUUAAUGUGUA